CCUCGCGCUGGUCGGUUGUCGACGGAGUGAACGCCGAGCGAGAGCUCCAAGUCACGGCGCUAUUUUCAGAGUUCCAGUGUCAGGCGAACGACCGGGCAUCACAGCGGCGAAGAUGGGGAGAGAGUUGGGAAAAAAAAGCGUUGCUCUCUUCGGCUCAGCUCCCGGGACGUCCGCUCUCGGGCGUCGUCUGCUUGUGCUGCGGCUGCUGCUACCGCUGCGCCGUUGCGCGUAGAAAGCGAGCAGCGUCCACAUUUAUUCGCGCGAGCGGCAUCCGGCGAACUUUGACGUCUCCUUUCUCGGGCCGUUUUUAUCUCGGGAGCCCUGAUCGGGUUUGCGUUAUCCAACACAGAAAGCGGGCUCGCAAGAGAGAAUGGUUGUCUCGUUUGCUUUCUUCUUUUUGAGGAACGACCUCGGUAGCCGUCGGCGACCACCGACGCGCGCGCGCGCUGCGGGUGAUGCGGCCUCACGUGGAGUAAAGGUCCCGCCCCCUUAGGCGCCUGACGCGCAGCACGUCACGCGACCUGCGCGCCGCCAUUGGCUCCAAACGGCGGUGAGUGACGGCUCGGGGCCGGUUUAUCGCUCCUCCCUCCCCGCCUCGCUCGCUCGCACGCCCAGCGACCCACUGCAGCGGCUGCGGCGAUUAUUUGGCCCGUACUACGCCACAGUUGAAAUCCGCAUUGAUUUUGGCGCAGCUUUUUGUUUGGUUGGCCCGGCGAGUUGCUCUUCAUCCUCCGCCAUCAUCUGCUCGUCCCGGGAUCAGUGGAAUCGAUAGAAGCUGCGCAGCGCUUUUCGGCGCUCCCGUGGGACCCCGCUCGUUCGUUCGUCGGUGGCCUUUCUCUCUGACGUGUGUCUGUAUCGCCGCGAGGAAAACCCGGAAGGAGCGUGCGUAUUUUCUGUGAUAACACUCCCGUCGUCGACUGCCGCCACCGAGUCGCCCCCGCGCCAAGUGUUGUGCCCGGAAAGGAUGCGCGUGCCGCCCCUUGGAUUCUGCCGCUAGAGCAUGGCGUCGCAGCGGAGCCGCUGCCUCGUCGUGGUACUGCCUGCCCAGCGGCCUGCAGCCGAUGGUGGCGUGCGGCAUACCGGCCAGCUGUAGCCUUCCCCAGCUCUCACGGGACUGCAUGCCUCUGGAUGAAUUCCAUCCAUUCAUUGAGGCCCUCCUGCCUCAUGUGAAGGCCUUCUCGUACACCUGGUUCAACCUCCAGGCGGCCAAGCGCAAGUACUUCAAGAAGCACGAGAAGCGCAUGAGCUUGGACGAGGAGCGCCGCUGCAAGGAAGAGCUUCAGGGCGAGCGUCCAGAGGUGAAACAAAAGUGGGCCUCACGGCUGCUGGGCAAGCUGCGCAAGGACAUCACACAGGAAUGUCGCGAGGACUUUGUGCUGGGCAUCACGGGCAAGCGGCGGGCCGCCUGCGUGCUUAGCAACCCUGACCAGAAGGGCAAGAUGCGACGCAUCGACUGCCUACGACAGGCUGACAAGGUAUGGCGCCUGGACCUGGUGAUGGUGAUACUGUUCAAGGCAGUGCCCCUGGAGAGCACCGAUGGCGAGCGGCUGGAAAAGGCCCCCGACUGCCACCACCCUGCCCUCUGCGUCAACCCUUUCCACAUCAACGUCUCCGUCCGAGAGCUCGACCUCUACCUCGCAAACUUCAUCCUCAGCCACGAGGCUCUCAGCGGUUUGCGGGAUGCCGUCUGUGAUGGAGAUAAAGAGGAUGAUGCAGGUGAUGCAAGCAGCAUUCUGGCUACCGGCGUGUUCACAUCGGCUGAGCUGUACCGGCUCUCCAAAGCGCGGUGUCUCUCUGAAAUGAAGGAAGAUUUCCUGGAGCGACAAACAAUGGCCUUUGUCUUUGACAGCUCCAGGAGCAGUGGGUCCGUUCUUCAGGCGUCGAACGGGGGCCAGCCAGUCAAACUGGAGCCACCGUACUACGGCUACGCAUCGCCUCAGGAUCCGUCUCCAGCCUUGCAGCCGACUUCUGUCGGGGCAGGGCUCUUGCGCGCAGCCAGCCCGAGCGAGGGGGCUCCGCCGCGCUGCAAGAGGCUGCGAAGGCUGCCCUCCGCCGAGGAGGACGCGGCUGCGGCUGGCGGAGGAGGCGGACACUUCUACGCAAGCCCCUGGCCAGACGUUGACCACGGGCACCUGAGCGCCUCGCAUGCCAAAAUAAAGAUGGAAGCCUUCGCCCUGGCCCGAGCCGAACCCAAGCCAACACACCAACGGGUAGCAGGAGGUGCGAGCAGCCCCUUAGGAGGGCCUCCUCUGAGCGGGCCAUCGUACUACCUGCACCCGGCGGGCAAGUACCAGGAGAAUGGUGACACCUUCUCCGACUUUGUCAACCUCGUCUGCCAGGAGGCCCACAACUCUGGCGCACAGGUGUGUGUGCCAUACAGCCCUAUGCUGCAAACUCUGAGUCACCGGCAGGCCAGCCCCGAUGCAGGAGUGCGAGGCAGCCCCUCCAAGCUCCCGCAGUUCUACUCGAGCUCCAUGCUGCCCCCGCCUCCACCAGCCCCCAUGGCACGGCCCGUCGCCAUCAUUCGGUCCGCAGGCCCGAGCAAUCAGCCACAGCCACAGAGUAGCCCACCCAGCGUGGAAGGGGCUCGGCCAGAAGACGGCGGCCCCAAGGAGGACUCGGCCAGUCCCGGCGGUGCCUGCAGCGUUGGGAGUGACUCGGUCGUGACAGCCACAGUCCGGACUUCGUCCAGCCCCUUCCUGGCUCGGUCAACAUCGGAGCACACCUUUGGCCACAUCCACUCACAGGGACAGCUCUUCUCGUACCCGGGUGCGGCUGGGGGAGGCGCCACGCUCUCGUCCACGGUGCUCAGCUCGCCAGGUGCGGGAGGCCUGCUUGCGUCCCCAAGGUCGGCACGGACAACCACGACGCCCACACCGCUGCCGCCGCGCUGGAACCCACCAUUCAUCGCGCUCGACGAAAACAUGGACUACCAGAUGAUGGCGGGCCUGCUUCCCCCUGCUGGGUCCCAGCCCCCACCUGACAACUCACUCAUGGGCCCGCCCCACGACGACGAACGGUUCUUCUCAGUGGCAAGCGGAGAAGCCGAGGAGGCGUCCAAGCCGUCCUGAGCCAUUUGCUCAAGGUGUUUUCCCUUCUUCCCUCGACCCGGGUGCCAAGGCCAGAAAGACAAGACAAGACACGUGGUUUCUCUUGUGAUAGGCAGAGACUCGAUUGUUGUACCAUAGCCCUUUUUAGACAUGCUGCUCUGUAGCUCAUUUUUUCAAAAAAGAGUGACACGAGUAAGGGCCUUUUUUACAAGCUCCACGCUAGAGACAGUUAUAUAUAUAUAUAAAUAUAUACAACGUUAUAGCAUAUUAUACACACAUAUAUACAUAUAUUAUAUAUAUACUACAUAUACACAUGCCCGUACACACAAACACACACUAGAUAGGCAAUGGUUCGUCGCAGGGCAGCGUGUGUAGAAACAACGUGCGAGCCUUCUGUUCUUGUGUUAUUUUUUGGUCAUAGCCAGUUUUAGAAGUCGGCACACGUCUUCAGAGUCACAACAACAACUAUGCCUAUGAAACUUUGCUACAAAUCUAUGCAAACCGGGGCCCCAGCCCUUAGGGUAAGGGCGCACCCUGCUCACGUGAGGCAAUAAUUUAGCUCGGCGACACAUAUUGUCACUUGUACAUAGAGCCAGCGGUGCCGAGAGAAAGCCCGGUGCGCAUCAUCGUGUUUCUUGUCGCAUCUCGUCCCUUUGCAGUGGGGCGUGGCCAUUUUUUUUUCUCGUCUUGUUUUACUGUCAGCUGCACACACACACACACACAUUUGCGCACUUGCGUCUGUAUAUACGGCCAUGUGUACAGCCAGAGCGACAUAAUAUAUAAGUGACAAUGCUGGGGACAGUGGGCGGGGCAGGCAAUGCCACCCAGGUCCUACGGUCCCACGCCGCUUUGUUCAUUUGAUUCGCCGCCGCGCUCUGGCGUCAGGUUAGUUUUGUCAGUGCCUUUUUGCGAAGGGCGGCCUCGUCCUCCGCGGCCGCGCAGUGCCAUUGUUUCGCUUGUUGCUCCCCCCCAUUUUUGCCUGCAGAGGGCGCGCUAGUACAAAAUAUCCAGAGGGCGCCCCCUGCUUACCCCCCCCCCACCCCCCACCCCUCCAAGUUGAGUGUGUGUGCCAAUUUCGUUUCUCGCCGUAGCCUUACGCGAGGGGCGCUUCUCGCGCUCUUCUGCUGUUGAUAUAUGCUAGAUUAGACGUGCCUUUGAAGACGAUGCGAGUUCAACGCUGCUUGCAAACGUCAGCACUUGAUGGGCUUUCUGUUUGUGUCUCGGCGCACUCGUACGCUCACACUGAUGUCGGUGCGCUCGUUUAAAGAAACAAAGCCCAAAGCCAUUCUGUAGCCUGCUGUUCAACUACAGGAAUCUCUGUAGGGUUUGCCGUUGCUGCCGCUGCUGCUUUUUGCAGUCUUUCUUUCGUUCUUUUUUUUUUAUCUGGGCUUGGUUUUCACUCCCCAUGUAUUUUCUCCUGUGUGUGUGCGUGCAGAGGGAAAUGUACAAGGCUGCACUGUGCUGCAAGGCUUCUUGUGUGGUGGAUAUAUGGGGUGCUGUAUGUCGGAAGGAGAUGUGCUUGCAUCAGAGCCGUAGUGAAAGAGGGGAAGCCACAGUUCUUUUUUUUUUUACCGAUGCAUGGCGCAUUGGCUUAAUGACAGCAACUUAUUUCUGUCGGACAAAAGAAAAGAAAUGCUAUGAUUCUGUGCUUUAUAACUUUAUGUUUGUGGCUUUUAAGCUCUCUUCGUGAAUGAAAUGACAGCAUUGAUAACUGGCUACCCUCAGAUGGAGCUGCUGUAUUUUGUAGGGUGCCCUGUAUUUUUAAGAUUGAAGUCGACUGCACUAGCACAUAUAAGAGAGCUUGUUUAUAGCUGGUCUUUUUUUUUUUUGAACGACCCAUAGCAUUAGAAGUAUGAGUGAGUAUUUUUUUCUUUCUUCUCAUCACGACUCGCGGUGCCACAUCAUUCAUCUCGUGGACAAAAUGUAUUGCAGGAUGUUGUACAGGCUUAGUGAUCUCUCAUUUCAUUGUUUUUCUGUAAAAAAAUCUAUUCGCUUGUCUUGUAGCGGCAGUGCUACUUACGCAUCUGUCAUGGUCACUUUCUGAUUGAGAACGAAUUCCUUUUUUUACUUAACUUUAAUCGAUUUUAACGAAGCACUGACGAUCAUAAUGAGUUGCGGAAGGCUUAAGUUUCUCAACAGCGUUUUUGUUCACAUACCUAAUAUUCAUAAAUUGCUGAACAAAGGAAACGGCAGGCUGCACAGAGAACUCGCUUGCACACGUGCGCCAUCUCAAUAAACAUCAUAAGCUCUUUGGUGACUAAAUAAUUAAGGUUGCAGGUAUAGCUGGCCCAACCCUUUCUGUCCACUAGAAUGUCAUGCUUCUGUGGCUGCAAAAUUGUCUUCUGCUGCUUAUACUUUGCAAUACCAAGCUGGUACUUUGGUACCUGUACCAUACCUAUAGCAUUUGUAUGCAGGUGUCACAGCUGCUACUUUGGUACCAAGCUGUUAUCCUGGACCCAAUGAUGCCUAUAUGCAGGUGCCAUUGCAGGUUCCUUACUGGUUCCUUGGUACCAUAGCAGAACACGGUCAAGCAUGCACAAACAAGGACAGAGGGAGGAGUUGACAACACGAACACUCAAGCUGUCUACACCUCCCUCUGUCCUUGUUUGUGCGCGCUUGACCAUGUUCUGCUUUGCAAAACCAACUCGGCCAAAAGUCUGUGCUCUUGACCUUGGUACCAAGCAGGUACCUAUGUUAUCUGUAUGCAGGUGCUUCGAUAGGCAAGUGGUAUUGUUUAUCGCAUGCUUCACAGUAUUGGGAGCACAAAUCGCUAUGCAUCCUUUGCUCCUUCUAAGCUGAACUGACUUGAUUUGGAUGCACCAAAAUCUGGAAGCACUACUGGAAGCCUUUUCAUGUUGAGUUGACGUUGUUAGGAAGGAUUAAAAUCUAUAGAUACUAUUGGAAGCUCCUCUGGAUUGUACAGACUUUGCUCAGUUAAAUUAAGGAAUUCCGUUUCUCUGUUGAAGCAAACUCAUACCUUCGACUAUGCAUUCAAGUAGCACAAAUUUGAGCGAACAACUCAUCCAUGGAGAAACAUGCCUAGAUACUGCGGCCAAUCGCUUGCCAACCAACGUGUUCAUAAUGAGUGUUCGUUACCAAAGCUGUCCAAGCCAAAACUGUGCAUCAGCCAGGAAGCGCACAAUUAGCGUCGUGCUGCCAGGUGUGUCUUUGUGUAGACUGUCAAGCAAAGACAGAGACUUUUCCUCUACCUGCGGCUCUGGUGCGGGACUGCAUCGAGUUGAAUGUACAGUACGGUCCACUGUUAAAGGAGUCACCCAAUUAGUAGUUGGCUACUUAUUAGUACAGCCAACCUACGGCGUGAGGGCACACAAACAACUUUUUUUAAUGUGUGUACAUCAGCCUUAUGUGUUCUAUUGGCCUCUUUCCUUCUCUCGAUACAGCGAUACUUUUGUAUGAGGUAUAUGGCAUUAUUAGCUUUAUGUGUUAGCUUUAAGGGUGACCCUCUGUAUUGGCUCAGUGGCUGCGGCGUUGUGUUGCUGAGCAAAAGGUCAUGGGUUUCAUUCCCAGCCACGCUUCAGUGAGGGCGAAAUGCAAAAACGCCUUGUGUACCUUAUCUAAGUGCAUGUUAGCUCCAUAAGUCAAAGUUAGUCCGGAAUCCUCAACUAUGGUGCACAUCAUAGCCCUUGCUUUCUAGCAAUAAACCCCAUGAAUGAAUUAAUCCUCUGAGAGUGGACUGUACUGUAUGUGUUGGAGAAGCUAGUGUCUAGCUGCAAGUGUCACUGCCGGGGACAUUUUGCUUAGGAUUUUGCCAGCCUGUUUUUAUCCCUGAGCAUUGUAGGUUUGUCGGUGCGAUGUGGCUCAAAUGAAUUGUGCUUUGCUCGUGCGUGCCGGUGCUUCCGUGCAGUUGAUCUGUGCACGGGGAGACCCUGAAACCUUUUUGCAAGGAAUUUUGUUGCACCGGAGCUACACCUGAGCUGCCCUUGUGACUUGAAAGAUGGCCUCCCUCCGAAAAUAUUUUUAUGUGCAUUUAAGCCAUUCUAAGUAUCAUUCGUAUCGUUGGUUCAAAAAUAUGCCGGUGAUUCCUUGUAAAUUUCUUAUAUUUUGCACGAAGAAGCAUAUGGAUUUAUCAGACUACAUACAGAUCCCUUUCAAUAGUCACCGCUAACCUUUAGCACAUGGCUGCAUCUGGCAUGCUGGCUGUAUAGAGUUCAUUUUAUGCCUUGCCUCAGAGUUGAGAGUACGCAAGGAUGUGAGUGGAAGGGUUUCAUGCGUUCAGGUUUUGUUCUCACAGGACUGCAGCUCAGCACUGCUUGAGCACCAUCCAGCAGUGAGGCAGUGCGGGUGUGGUUAAAUUCCGUGGUCGCACCGUGUGGUGACCCUGACAUUGUAGCCCUCUCAGGGUGACUGCUGCUUGCACGUUUUCCUCCCACAAGUGUUCUUCGCUGUGCCACUUUACGCCACAAGUGCAGCCCACUUGUAAGUAGGGUGCAACAUUACGGUUUGAGUCGAGUGGUUUCAGGGUGUCCCUCCGAGUAGUGGCAGCUGCUGUGUUUCAUGGCUGCGUUGAACAAUGUGUUCAGAAUUGGAUGAGUGCUGCAGGCGGUACUAACAGAACUGGAGGGCCGCACCGUGCCCAUCUCUGGCUGUCGAUACAGGGGUGGUAUGAGUGUAUACUACAAGUGCACAGUGUAAUGGCCACAUUGAAAGCAGCGGACUAGUUGCGUAGACUUUCUUGGCAUUGCACAAGUGCUUUAGAUUAGUGCCAUCAUGCACAGCGAGCAAGAACGCAUUCGUGUAAACCUCUUCACAGUUCUCAGGACAGGCAUAUGUGCCCAUUUAUUGCUGGGUCUCAAACAGUCUGGUCACAAUGCCAGUCAAGCGUGCCGAGAGUGCACCUGCCUGAACACGAAGUGGUCGUCUUCCGUCACACUGUCCGAAAUAUUCGUGAUGGUCUCCCAUUUCGAGUUUUGGCACUCUGUCCCCCUUUUUCUAUAGUUUCUCUGAACUCUAUGCACAUUAGCGCUUGUAGCACUUAUGCUGAAUGACAGUAUGUGUUCAAAGACUGCUUCUCGAAUUAUAAGGCUGCAUGAAAUUGUCUUAGAUUGAAACUAAGCAAAGUUGAAUUAUCUCUCAUUCAAAGGGAAAGAAAGUGCUGUUGGCAGUCUCUCUUUAGAUGGCUACACCUUGGUCUCGUUGAGCGACAGAACUUUUAUGAAAGGAGUUUUUGAAAAAAUACAUUGGUGUCAUUCAGCAGGCAAAUACAGUCGAAUCUCGAUAUAGCGAUCACAGAUGUAAAGAAUUGAGAUGUAACAAUGUAAAUGGAAAAUUUUUCUGGCCACUAUUGUCAAGUAAUGAAUAUGUGCUUAUAACAAAUGCCAGAUAUAACGAAGGUAAUUUCGUGCCGAAAUGCAAACGAGUUUCGAUUGCAUAGCAAGCACUUGUGCAGUGCUUGUUGCGUGUUCCCUCAGCAAGCUCGGCUGGUUUUGCGUGUGGCAACUUGGAAGAUAGAUUUUCAUGCAGAAAUAAUUAAGACCUUUGAUGAGGGUUAGGAAAACAGCAUGGCUAGUAUGUUAGAUUCUGCAAUGCCCUUGAAGAACACUGUGGCCUACCUUUAUCUAUGCUACAAAGAGCAAGCAAAGUCUUCGGAUAAUAUUUUGAGGAGCAGUCAUACUUGCAAGCUGUCAUGAGUGUGCGCAGUGUAAUGGUGACCAGGCACCCAGUAGGUUACAUAUACAACUAUCAUAUAAUGAAUCGUCAAGUGCAGUUUGCAAGGACUGUCAUCAUUGCGAUGAUCUGGCUUGCCCUAGUGCAGUCUUGCAGCCAAUUCAAGGACGCUAACAAGAAACCCAUAGUUGGCAGUUAAUGAAAGCAACCAUUUUAUUUAAAAGUCUGAUAUCAAUUCAGUUGCACUGUCAGGUCUCUGCUCUCAUUUUAUUGUGCCUAAAAAAUACAGAUACUGAAAGCGCCUGUUGUUCAUCUCUCCUUUUUUGUUUUAGGUUAGGUUAGAAUGUGAUUCAUAUCAAGAUUCGUUUGGAGUCAAUUUACAUUCAGUACAAGAAUGUGGAUGCCAGACAGUUACAUGUGAGGACAUGAAAGCAUGUUUUGCCACAUCACUUUUUCUUUCUGUUUGUUGUCCAUCGCAUUUGUAGGCGGGCUUCAGAAAAUGGCUCACGUGAUUUGUCAAACCUUUUGUUGCUGUCAGUUUUUGUUAGGGUAGAAUAUUAUUCUCGAAUGAGGGGAUAAAACUGUCAGUAUAGGUCAAUUUCUCAUAUACUAAUGCAUAAUGCGGCUUGACACAAGUUUUUAAUUUAGGUGACAUGAUGGUUGCGACAUGACGCUGUGAAGAAGGCUGAUGCCAGAGAUAGAAGUGUGCAUUAUUAAAUGGUAUUAAAACAGCUAAACAAAUGCUGUGACGCUCAUGUGUGCCGCUGUUCUCAAACGUAAUGGAAAACAUGCAUGCAAUGUGCAUGUUUGGACUGAAUGUCCAAAUCGGCUGGUUAAGUGCACCUGGCUGCAUGUUUUAAGUAUCAUCGUGUUACUGUUCUUGAUACACAGACUUACACAAGUCGCAUGCUCUUGCACUAAUCAUGCAACAGCAUUCAACUUAUACAAAUUAUGCAAUGCUCUUGCACAAUUUGUGCAAGAACAUGACACCUGCACAAUGUGCAAUUGCACCAAGAAAAGGAUGGCAAUGUUUGUGUGCCUACUACCCCAUUUUUCUCAGCUGUUGAACCAUUUCAGUAACACUCAAUGCUAGCAGCUGGACUCAAAUGAAUUCCUGCACACAUGUCGCAUAGCAUUUGGUGGAUUUGCUGUGUGCUAUUGUUUAACUCUUGCUUUUUGUCCUGAUUGUGAUUAGUGAUACCCCUGAGCUUGGUAGUAGUCGGGAAGUGUUUGAUUACCAUUAACCUAAAGUACUUCUGUCAAACAUGGGUGUCCUGGUCUCUGUAGGCUGCGUGGGCUCGCUAGAAAGAUGGACAGAAACAUCUUCAAGGGCAAGUUAGGUUAUGCAAUAAAAGUGUUGGUUAUGCAGUCAAAUGUUUUUGUUGACAGAUUAAGUUUUAUUUGUUAGUUAGUUUGUGAAGAAAGUUUGGCAGAAUCGUAAAGGUCUCUCGCUGUUAAGAUGAUCUUGUUUGUUUUCUGCAAGCUGGCCGCAGGCACAGUUGCAGCUGGAAGCAAUCAAAACAUGAGCGCACACAGUGUCGCAGCAGCCAGUGUUUCUGCUCUGCGAGCAGCUGCUCGACAGCCCCGAACGUCCGGUGGUGGAGUUUUUGUUGAGGGUUCUAGUCAAGCAUCCUUGGAGAGAGAGAGAGAAAGAGAAAGGGCCGAUGGUGCCGGAGCGAGGCACAGCAAUGCAGGCGCACACCGCCACCACCCCGCACGCGGGUCUCUAUUUGUUGAGUUUUGUUUGUUUGCUCCCCCGACAUGUUUUUUUUUUCUUUGUUGUCUUUUUCCAGCAGUUUUUGACUGGAUUUUGUACCUGUUGCUGUUGAGAUAGCCAAUAAAACCUUUUUGCAUCUCCAUGGA